AACACGCGUCACUUCCGCAUUCUUCGAUUCAAAAGAAGUUUGUUACAGUGUCGCAAUUGCUGGCACACUUUAAAGACUGCUGGCCUUAUGUUGUCUGCAAACAGGUGAGCUCUUUAGGUGACAGCUUUUGUGAGAUUAUAUAGAAUCAGCAAUGGCACGUCAUGGAUCUUCUCAGACAGCGAUGGUGGUGGGUUGCCCGUGCCCUUUGCUGUCAGUUGAACCGACUCGGGGACUCGUGGACGAAAAACUCCGGAUCGUUGUGACAAAUCUGAACCCGCAGCAAGAGGUGACCCUUCACUGUCUGCAUCAUUCAGAAGACAAGGACGUGUGGGACGCAUUUGGACACUAUGUGAGCGACGAACAUGGCAGUGUGACAGUGGCAAAGGACUCCAGCGUGGGAGGCACAUAUACAGGUGUGGAGCCCAUGGCACUGAUGUGGAGUCUGCGGCCAAUACCAGGUAGCCGAAAGGGACUGAGGUUGCGAAAGCAAGAUGUCCUUUCACCAAUGAUUUUCCACAUUUCUGUGUAUAAUGGACAUAUCGCUCAGGACUUUGAACAACUCAAACCAUUAGUGACUAUCAUCAUAGAAAGGUGGUACAUAGCUCCUGGUGUGCAGAGGGUCAAUGUGCGUGAGAAAGGAGUUCGAGCAACUUUGUUUAUCCCUCCAGGUCCUGGCCCAUUUCCGUGUGUGUUGGACAUGUGGGGAGGAGGUGGAGGCCUGGUGGAGUAUCGAGCUGCCCUCCUGGCAUCACAUGGCUUUGUUGCUUUAGCUUUGGACUAUCUGUUUUCAGAAAACGUUGAUGACAUUUACUUUGAGGUAGCAUAUCAGAUCUUGCAGGAGCAUCCCAUGGUCAUUAGGGACAGAGUAGCUCUGUUGGGCCUCUCAUUUGGUGGUAUUGUUGCUCUAUCUCUAGCUGCCAACUCCUCUGUCAUUAAGCCCCGGUGUUGUGUAUGCAUCAGCUGCAGUCAUGUCAUUCCUAUACAUGAUUCUUUGUCUGACUUCUAUGAAAGGUUUCAGAGAAUGUUUUAUAAAACUCGUAUAGAGGACAAUCAGUUGAUCUGGAGAGACUUCGUCUUGCCCAUUCCAACAGAUCCAGCUGAGAAAUUGGAUGUUGGCCUCAUGAGAUGUCCUUUUCUUCUGGUUGUUGGUGAUGAUGAUCAGAACUGUGCCUCACUGGAGUCAGCUGAAGAUAUGGUGAAAAUAACUGAAAAAGCAGGGAAUCGGCAUUUGCUCAGUGUCCUCGUCUAUCCUGGUGCAGGUCAUCUGAUAGAGCCGCCCUACAUGCCACACCACAGAGCCUCUAACUUCACGGUUAAAAACAAAGAUAAAGUGAUCAUGCUUUGGGGUGGACAGACUCGACUGCAUUCAUAUGCACAAGAAAACUCAUGGGAGAAAAUUUUGGACUUUUUAUACCAACACCUCUGCAGUGACGCUCCACGGGCCCGACUCUAGUGGCAUGAGUUUUGCUUUGUGUAAUCGAUAAUAGAAAACACACAAAAGUAUGACUCCAACUGUUUAACCAGUUCAUUAAAUCAGUUUAAUCAACUUUCAGUAGAUUCUAGUUUGUCUUUGGCUUCUACAGCUCUUUACAGAUCAGACUGUACACCCCUGGUAUAAACACUUCAUACAAAUGACAGUGCAGCUUUAAUAUGUGUAAAUUCAUCCAUGCAUUCAUUUUCUACCGCUUAUCCGUACUUGCCUAUCUCAGGCGUCAUCGGGCAUCAAGGCAGGAUACACCCUGGACAGAGUGCCAACCCAUCACAGGGCACACACACACUCUCAUUCACUCACACACUCACACACUACGGCCAAUUUUCCAGAGAUGCCAAUCAACCUACCAUGCAUGUCUUUGGACCAGGGGAGGAAACCCCCAAGGCACGGGGAGAACAUGCAAACUCCAUACACACAAGGCGGAGAAUCGAACCCCCAACCCUGGAGGUGUGAGGCAAACAUGCUAACCAUUAAGCCACCAUGCCCCCCUAAUAUGUGUAAAUAAUCUAACAAAAACAGAUUAAAAUAUAUUUAGCUAGCAGGCCAGUAAGAAUUCAUCUGCUAUUAUUUUUCCUUAGAAGUAAGAACAGACAGCGAAAAAAAAAUGAAUUUCUUCAAUUGUAUGAAAUACAAAUGAAUAUUUUCUGCAGUAUAAUCAAGUAUACAUUCAGAUUGAACAGAAUGCAAAAAAUGAAUAACUAAAUAAAGCUUUGUAAAAUGUA